AACAUAUGUUUAGUCUCAAUCGAAUAGCUUCGCGACCAAUACCUUACUUUAAGAUCUGGUAGUCCGCACGUUGAAUUAUAUAAUGUAUUAUCGCUUGGACUUGGUUUCGGUCAGCUAACUUAUUGUCCAAACCCAGCGUGCAUAUUUGCAGACACCCAUUGUCCAAAGGGUCAGCAAAUGUAACGGUGUACGGUUAAGAUAAACUUGAUAGUAACGCUAAUGAGACAUCGAUUUCAGUGUGACAAGUAUCGCAGCAACUUAAGAUGAAGUUGAAAGUGUUAUCUAGUUUUUUAAUACUGUUAAGUUUUUACAUAAUCUAUGGAGCUAAGUUGCCGGACAAAAUCUCAACGACCUCGGUGCAACCAGCAGCGAAACGUCCACCUACAAAACCUACGAAGCCUCAGUUGGACGUGAAUGCUUUAGCUCAGCAAAUGACAAGUACAGCAGGAUUGAAAAAAGUUAUUCGGUACUUAGUCGGAGUCAUUCAGACAACGACGACCUACACUCCUACAAAAAGGCCGACAGGGAAAGCGCCACCAAAAAAAUACAUCCCGUCAACUCAAAAGCCUUCAACUAAUGGGCCCCUAAAAAUAUCGCUUUCGAAAACAGGGUCUUCACCAGCCAGGAGAAACAAUAAAAACGACCAGUUAGGAGAUUUGAUUUGUCCUGCUGAGAACGAAACUGCUUUCGAAUUAUUUGCCCCACCUUGCCGAGUGCACGGGGAUUGCACUUCUUGGAACCGCAAUGAAAGGUGCUGUAAAUUGUUUGGAACUAAGACCUGUGUGAAAGGAGUUCCGAAACCGAUUGUAGAGCAGUCACAUGUUCCACUUUUGGGGCUGAUACCUCGAAAAUGUCCUGAAAGACCACUUGCUGAAUUGUGGUGGGAGUUGAAAACAUGCGAGACAGACGAUGAUUGCUGGCCUAGGAUCUGUUGUCCCGAUGGUAGAAGGCAAUACUGUCGAACAGCUUCCCCGGAGUAUGAAUCAGUUCCUCCUCCGAUUGGACGAUCUAUAGCAUACUUAUCGGAAUAUUUGGAGUGUACCCCACCGCCUCCUCCUGUAUUUGACCUGCAUCCAAAAGAUUGCAAUUCCACUUUGGAUUGUUUUCCAAAUAUUUGUUGUCAAGAAUCAGGACGGAAAUUUUGCAGACCACCCAAAAAGUCUGUCCUCACAGUUAUGGCCAACUUUUUGAAUAUUGGCCUUGUUAAGAGACUUACUAGAAAUUUGGUGAUUAAGUAACUUUUUCACAAUCUAAUAUUUUGUAAGAUUUGUUUUCAUUCUAGAGGUUUUCAUUAAUUUUUAAGAUUUGAUAUAACCGUUACAUGUAAAUAUGGAUAUUACAGAAAUAUAUUGUUCAUAAAUAG